CUCGUGCUGUUAUACGCAAGGAUACAUUGGCUUUAAUUUUACGGCGGAAACAUAAUCACACAGUAGAACAGCAAAAUUUUAAGAGAAAGUAAUAAUGAACAGACAACAAUCUUCCGGUGCGAUAUAUACGCUCACGUCGAGGAACUCAUCUCGUGCUACAUGAAUAUAAUACAUAUACCCCGAAUGAAAAAGUUCGAGACGGACGACUUUCUCGAGAUUGGAAAUGCUCUAUGUAUCAUAAGGCCAAAUGUCGUGCCAGACUUGUAACAAAACACACAUUAUCCGGGGAUGUAAUCCAUGUAACGUCAGCGAAACAUACACAUAAACCAAUGUACACAACUGCUGAAUUGGAAUUGAUGCAAAAACAAAAUCUUUUAACACAUCAACCGAAACGGGAGCAUGAAAUAACGGAUGAUGCACAAUACCUAGAACCAACUCGUCCUAUUAGCUCUUUGCAAUGUUUGCCUCAAUUACAGCCCUUACAGCAAUUCCAGCCAAUGCAAUUACGAGCGCUCUAUCUACCGCCCAUAACAAAUGUAUCCCUUCUUCCGCCGCAAUUUGAUAAAAUGCUGCCACGUUAAUUUGAAAGAAAAACCAAGUUGAUAAAUAGUACAAAAUAAAGAAGUCAAUUAUCAAAAACUCA